UCCUUCGAGUCGCGUAAAAGUUCGAUUCUCCAAUACACACAUUAGUAGCCUCUAGCGCGCCUUCUUGCGACCCCGUUUCCUGUGCGCUUCUCCUCACGACAGCCAUGGCCGACCAACAGAACGCUGGGCAGCCUCUGCCUCCUCCUCCCUCUGCCGGCCCUCCUGGCUAUGAUGGGAACCCGGGCCAGCAGCAGCAGCACAUGCCUCCCCCACCGCUAGCUCCUGUGAUUAUUCCCCAAAACAACAACCCCAUCCCGACCGCCAUCACCUCGCCCUUGUCGGGCAACCCAAUGUCCCCGACCAGCAGCCAGCCAGGCUACGUUCCGCGUCGCGCGGCCCCCGAACCGAAUAAGCGAGCGCUCUAUGUGGGAGGAUUGGACCCUCGAGUCACCGAGGAUGUGUUGCGUCAGAUUUUUGAGACCACUGGCCACGUCCAGAGCGUCAAGAUCAUCCCAGACAAGACCGCAACCGCUCCUUCUGGCUUCAACUACGGUUUCGUCGAGUACGAUGACCCGGGCGCGGCCGAGCGAGGCAUGGCGACUCUCAAUGGUCGUCGCAUCCACAACAACGAAAUCCGUGUGAAUUGGGCGUAUCAAUCCAACAACACCGCAAAGGAGGAUACUUCCAACCACUUCCACAUCUUCGUAGGCGACCUGUCCAACGAGGUCAACGACGAGGUUCUGCUCCAGGCGUUCUCUACCUUUGGUCAGGUGUCGGAAGCCCGCGUCAUGUGGGACAUGAAGACGGGCAGGUCGCGUGGAUAUGGAUUCGUUGCUUUCCGCGAUCGUGCUGACGCUGAGCGUGCCCUUAGCUCCAUGGACGGAGAGUGGCUCGGUUCUCGAGCCAUUCGCUGCAACUGGGCUAAUCAAAAGGGACAACCUUCCAUUUCCCAGCAACAGGCCAUGGCCUCGAUGGGCAUGACGCCAACCACGCCGUUCGGACACCAUCACUUCCCCACCCAUGGUGUUCAGAGUUACGACAUGGUCGUUGCGCAGACUCCCCAGUGGCAGACGACGUGCUACGUUGGCAAUCUCACCCCCUACACAUCACAGGCUGACCUUGUGCCGCUCUUUCAAAACUUUGGAUACGUAACCGAGACUCGCUUCCAGUCGGACCGUGGCUUUGCUUUCAUCAAAAUGGACACGCAUGAGAAUGCUGCCAUGGCUAUAUGCCAGCUGAACGGCUACAACGUCAACGGCCGGCCAUUGAAGUGCAGCGUAGGUUGACCAGUCUCUCUUUUGUUGUUCUUUCUUAGCUCACAUUCACAAUCUAGUGGGGCAAAGACCGUCCUCCGACAGGUCAAUUUGAAGGCUA